UCUUGCUGCUAACCGAAUGUCGUGAAGUGGGCCGAGCUGUGUACGUAGGAGCGCCAGUUCUCUCCGCUCGCCUGCCCUCGCGGUGCGCCCCACGUGCCAACCAGCCGGCUUUGAAUCUCUCUGAACCUAGGACCCAGGGGUUUCCGGGUACGCCCCGAUCCCGUCUCACCGCAGAUCCGCACCAACAAUUGGCUGUGGGCGGCGCGGCCCCGCCUACACCAUGGCCGCCGCCUGCGGCCGGGGAACCUAAGAGGCUGUGGUGUACUGUUCUCCUCGGUCCUUCUCCGGCUCCCGGGGACGCUGGCCUGUGGCGCAUGGGCCUUCUCCGAGGCGGGUCCCCAUGCGCUCGGGCCAUGGCGCGCUGGGGCGCUCUGCGUUCCCACCACUGCGCGCUGCUGCUGGCCGCGGCGCUCGCGGUGUGUGCCUUCUACUACCUAGGCUCGGGCCGGGAGACCUUCUCCAGCGCCACCAAGAGGCUGAAGGAGGCCCGAGCCGGGGUCCCCGCCGCGCCCUCGCCGGCUGCGCCGGAGCUGGCGCGUGGCUCCGUGUCGCCGGCCGCGGGCGCCAAGGCCAAGAACCUAGAGGGUGGUGGGGCCGGGCCCGUGGACUACCACCUGCUGAUGAUGUUCACUAAGGCCGAGCACAAUGCAGCGCUGCAGUCCAAGGCCCGUGUUGCGCUGCGCUCGCUGCUGCGCCUCGCCAAGUUCGAGGCGCACGAGGUACUUAACCUGCACUUCGUGAGCGAGGAGACCAGCCGUGAGGUGGCAAAGGUCUUGCUGCGGGAGCUACUGCCGCCCGCCGCCGGCUUCAAGUGCAAGGUCAUCUUCCAUGAUGUUGCCGUGCUCACAGACAAGCUGUUCCCUGUGGUGCAGGCCAUGCAGAAGCACUUCAGUGCCGGCUCUGGGACCUACUACAGCGACUCCAUCUUCUUCCUGUCGGUGGCCAUGCAUCAGAUCAUGCCUAAAGAGAUCCUGCGGAUCAUUCAGCUGGAUCUAGACUUGAAGUAUAAGACCAACAUCCGAGAGCUAUUUGAGGAGUUCGACAACUUCCUGCCCGGUGCAGUCAUUGGCAUAGCCAGAGAGAUGCAGCCAGUGUACAGGCACACAUUCUGGCAGUUCCGCCAUGAGAACCCCAAGACCAGAGUUGGAAGCCCUCCCCCUGAGGGGCUUCCUGGCUUCAACAGCGGGGUGAUGUUGCUCAAUCUGGAAGCCAUGCGCCAGUCCCCACUCUACGGACACCUGCUGGAGCCAGCACAGGUGCAGCAGCUCACCGACAAGUACCACUUCCGGGGCCACCUGGGGGACCAGGACUUCUUCACCAUGAUUGGCAUGGAGCACCCCGAGCUCUUCCAUGUGCUGGACUGUACCUGGAACCGGCAGCUUUGCACUUGGUGGAGGGACCACGGUUACAGCGACGUCUUCGAUGCCUAUUUCCACUGUGAGGGUCAUGUCAAGAUCUAUCAUGGCAACUGCAAUACCCCCAUCCCAGAGGACUAGUCCCCAAGCCACUGUAUCAGGGGACAUGGGGGUGCUUUUCUGGGACAGGUCCCCCAGGGAAAGCUUGAACCUCUGUGGAGGUGCCGAGGGAGGUGUCCCCCCACUGUGAUGAAGGUGCUGCUAGAGUGCGCCCAUCUAUCGCCCCGAUCCUGACACCACUACUCUGGGGACUGGCCCUGGCCAUUGCCAGCACUCCAGCCAUCUUCCUCCAGUAUAAGCAUGGGGACUUCUUGCAGCAGGCUCAAAAGCAGGUGUUAAAGAGAAACAAGGAACAAAGCUGGUGCCCCUUGCCACCAGCCUCCAUGGAAUGGACAUUCUGCUAAGAACCACCACCUCUUGGACCAAACAUAAAUGUAACUUAAAUUGGUGAGCUCUGAGUUUGCAGAACUGCAGGAGCUCCUGGUGGGCUGUGAUGAAGUGAGCCAGGGAUCCGACCACCACCCGAGGUCCAGCAUCCAAGCAAAGCCCCACCUGGGAGGCUGGGUGCUUGGUUGGUCUCUUGAGGCACACUGCACUCACUUGGAGCAGGAUGAAGUUUGCCAACUGUUUGGAAAAGGGCUCUGGGGCCAACUGGGGAGUCUCAUGGUGGUAGAAGUAAUAGCUUUUGUCUUCCAGCUCCCUUCCAGAACCCAUGUUGUUAACCCUGUUCCUGCAUACCAGGCCAGCUCUGGGCAGCCAAUUGGAAUCCAAACUGCCAUCAAAGAACAGAGAAGGGCCGCUCCU